AUGGCCAGUAGUAGUCGGAAUCCUCUUGUUGUUGGGCGUGUAAUAGGGGAUGUAUUAGACCCCUUUGAAAGUUCUAUUCCUCUCCAAAUUACCUACGGAAAUAGGAAUGUUUCCAAUGGUUGUGAGCUUAAACCUUCUCAAGUUGCCAAUCAACCUCGAGUGAGUAUUGGUGGAGAUGAUCCCAUGAUCUACUACACCCUGGUGUUAGUAGAUCCUGAUGCACCUAGCCCAAGUUACCCCAGUUUUAGGGAGUACCUUCAUUGGAUGGUGACUGAUAUUCCAGCAACUACCGGGGCUAGUUCUGGUAAUGAGGUUGUAAGUUAUGAAAAGCCACGACCCAACUUAGGGAUUCAUCGUUUCGUGUUUGUAUUAUUACGUCAACGGUGUAGACAAAUAGUCUAUGCUCCGGGAUGGCGACAGAAUUUUAAUACAAGAGAAUUUGUUGAACUUUACAAUCUUGAAUUACCAGUUGCUGCUGUGUUCUUCAAUUGUCAAAGGGAAGCUGGAUCUGGAGGAAGAACCUUUAGAUAA